AGGCCACAGUUACCACGUACUUAACUAGAAAGGAAGAAAGAGAAAAAAAAAUCAGCUCCAUAUCGCAGAGUUCACCGUGUCACCUACCAUGAAAGCUGUGCUACGUGACUCGCUGACAGACUUUUUACUUCGCAAAGAGCAGAGAAGGUGAACCGCUAACUUCGGGUCUGACAAUGACAUCCAUGAUGGCGCCGGAGCAGCCCUUCGAGAAGAAGAAGGCCGUGUUGCCACCUGAAGUGCUCGCCGAGCUGGACUCCAUCUUCACUAUGGCCCCCAAAGAUGAGUUUGCGGAGAUCGGCCGCUGCCGCACGACCCAAAAAGAUAUCACCAUAUGCUACAACACCUUCGGCGAUCCACGCAACCCGUGCAUGCUGCUCAUCAUGGGCCUCAGCAGCCCCGGCACUUACUGGGACACACGGUUCUGUCGCUACAUCGCCGACAAGGGCUUUUACGUGGUCCGUUACGACAACCGCGACCUGGGGCUGUCAACGCACUUUGAUGGGUACCCGGCACCGAACAUUCUUCGUUUGGCUCUGCCAGCCUGGGCCUCCCUCGGCGAGGUACCGUUGGCGUACACGUUGGAUGACAUGGCUGACGACGCCGUGGGGCUGCUGCGCACACUCAACAUUAAGAAGGCGCACAUUGUCGGCUGCUCGAUGGGUGGCAUGAUCGCACAGCUGGUGGCGUUGCACCACCCCGAAGUAGUCGCCUCCUUGUGCUUGCAUUCCACCUCAACGGGGGCGCCGUGGCCGAAGCCCGGGAUGCUGAUCAACAUGCUGGACGGACCGGAGUCGCCGGACGACGUCCAGUGUGUGCUGGACUACCGCGUACGUCUUUAUAAAGCGAUGGCGGGAGAUAUGAAGUUCUACGAGCACGAGUUUCGCAUCGGCAUGUGGUGGGACGUGGUGCGCUCGAACUACCACGACGGCGCGGGUCGCCACCUCGCCGCCAUCGUCCGCUCGCCCGAUCGCAGCGAGCUGUUGAGGACGCAGCUGAACCGCGUCGAGGGCCCCCAGCGGGUCACCGGUACCCCAUCGUCGCUGUUGCCGCCGACGGCGUCGCACAUUCCGGUGGUGGUGUUGCACGGGGGAAGGGACCCGACCAUCCCCGUGCGGCACGCCCGGCACCUGGCGGAGUGCAUCAACGGGUCGAAGCUGGUCAUCUUCCCCCACAUGGGCCACUACUUUUCAAAGGACAUGUUCAGGCUGCUGGCGGAUGAGAUGGUUUUGAAUGCGCGCGGCGUCGCCGUGACGGACUGA